CCUCCAUCCUCCCCCCUCCCUCCUCCCCCCGGGCUCCUCCUGCAGUCUCCUCCCCUCUACACCUCGCAAUGGACGCGGCCUCGGCACACACGGAGCGGACUCUCGCACCUCUACUGCUGCUCGCAGCCACGUGGAUCAGCCAGGUGCUGGGCAGCACAGUAAACCUCAACACCGAGAACGUGGACAGCAUAUUAGGUUCCGCGGAUCUGGUGAUGGUCAACUUCUACGCGGACUGGUGCCGCUUCAGUCAGAUGCUGCACCCCGUGUUUGACGAGGCGGCCCACAUGGUGCAGCAGGAGUUCCCGGGGGACAACUCCAUCGUGUUUGCGCGCGUCGACUGUGAACUCCAAGCGGAGCUGGCACAACGGUACCGCAUCUCCAAGUACCCGACGAUGAAGGUGUUCAAGAGCGGGCGGAUGAUGCGGCGCGAGUUCCGCGGGCAGCGCUCCGCCGCCGCGCUCGCCGACUUUGUGCGCCAGCAGACGCUCGAUCCCGUGCUGCGGCUCGAAACCCUCGACCAGCUGGACGACAUCGACCGCAGCAAGAGGACGAUCGUCGGCUACUUUGAGGAGCAGGAGGGGGAGAACUACCGCACGUUCCUGCGCGUCGCACACGUCCUGCGGGAGGACUGCGUCUUCUACGCCGCCUUCGGGGACAUCUCCAAGCCCGAGCGGUUUUCGGGAGACAACAUCAUCUACCGGCCAGCAGGGGAGAAGAACCCGGACAUGGUGUUCCUGGGCACGCUCAAGAACCAGGAGCUGCUGUUCGCGUGGACGCAGGACAAGUGCGUGCCACUCGUCCGGGAGAUCACAUUCGAGAACGGAGAGGAGCUGACGGAGGAGGGGCUCCCCUUCCUCAUCCUCUUCCACAACCGCGAGGACGAGGAGACGCUCAGCCGCUUCCAGCUGGAGGUGGCGCGCCAGCUCAUCAGCGAGAAGGGGUCGAUAAACUUCCUGCACGCGGACUGCGAGAAGUUCCGCCACCCACUGCAGCACAUCAACAAGAGUCCCAAGGACUGCCCCGUGAUCGCCAUCGACAGCUUCAAGCAUAUGUACGUGUUCCCCAACGUGAACGACAUGAUGGUGCCCGGCAAGCUGAGGCAGUUUGUGCUGGACCUGCACUCGGGAAAGCUGCACCGGGAAUUCCACCACGGCCCCGACCCGACACAGGUGGUCGAGGAGCAGUUUUUGGUGGAGUCCAGUGACCCCCCAGAGAGCUCCUUCCAGAAGCUGGCCCCCAGCGACCGUCGCUACACCAUCCUCAAGAGAGACCGCGACGAGCUCUGAGACGACCCCACCGCCUCGCUCACCACCUCGCUCACCACCUCGCUCACCACCUCGCUCACCACCUCGCUCACCACCUCGCUCACCACUCGCCGCACCACUCUCCUCCUCCCUUACCUGCCGGUCACUUCACUUCAACCUGACUCACCUCUCGCUGACCUCCCGCUGUCCUUAGCCCUCGCCUGUUGCUCACCACCUCUCACCGUGCACUCGGCUUGCCCUCCUUACCCCUUCCUCACCGUCAACAAACGGCCCCGAAGCUCCCAACACCGUCACCAACACCACCCCCGUCCUCACCGCCACCCUCACCGCCACCCUCACCCGCCCUCCACCCUCACCGCCACCCUCACCCGCCCGCCACCCUCACCCGCGCACCUCCACCCUCACCGCCACCCACUCCGCCACCCACACCGCCACCCACACCGCCACCCUCACCGCCACCCUCACCGCCACCCUCACCCGCCCGCCACCCUCACCGCCACCCUCAUCCUCACCCGCCCGCCACCCUCACCCGCGCACCUCCACCCUCACCGCCACCCUCACCCGCCCUCCACCCUCAAUCGCGCACCUCCACCCACACCGCCACCCACACCGCCACCCUCACCGCCACCCUCACCGCCACCCUCACCCGCCCGCCACCCUCACCCGCGCACCUCCACCCUCGCACCGCCACCCUCACCGCCACCCACACCGCCACCCACACCGCCACCCACACCGCCACCCUCACCCGCCCGCCACCCUCACUGCCACCCUCACCGCCACCCUCACCGCCACCGUCACCGCCAAUCCUCACCCUCACCCACACCGCCACCCUCACCGCCACCCUCACCGCCACCCUCACCGCCACCGUCACCGCCAAUCGUCACCGCCACCCACACCGCCACCCACACCGCCAAUCGUCACCGCCACGGGGAACUAUCCUCGGAAGCCCCACGGCUGUUUUUGCGAGUGGCAGCAGUGACGCGGUUUGAGGGGGGGCACAAUCACUACCACGCGUUUCCCCGGGUGGAUAUCCGCGGAACGAUUCUUCAUCUCGGAGAGUUCCGUGCACGUUCAGAGAGCUAUGAGAGGGGGGGGGGGGCGGGGUUGGGGGGGGGGGUUGGGCAGGGGGGGGGGUGGGUUGGGGGAGGGGAGGGAGUCACUCCGGGCUUCCGAGGAUCUUUACUUCCAUCCCAUCCCGUGCCGGACAGCCGGACGCUUCCCCGGGUGCGUGCGUCGCGUGGGUCAGUGUAUCGUCCCAUCGCUGGGAGAGGAAGGGGGGGAGAGAGUCGCAGGUCGCUAGCAAACGCUUCCGACUCGUUUCUCCGGUUUGGGUCUUCCCAUCGAUGUUCCCGGCGGGGUGUUACGCCUGAGUUUACAAGGUCACGCGAGGUUAUGGCGUUAGAACGGUCACGGCGACGACGACGACGACGACGACGAAGAGGUGCAUAAGUAGCGGCGGGGUUUGGGUUGGGGUCGGGCUGUAAAACGCGCCCGGAAAGUCGCUGUUCCACCGCCCGGGUUGGUAGUCGGCGGGGACCUCUCCGCCGUCAGGAAGCCGCGUUGGAGAGAUUCGAGGGGACGUUGUUUGGCCCGGGGGAACAACUCGGUCGGUUCGGGGGGGAGAGUCUCGAUCCCCAGAGCGGCCCGGGUCGUGAGACGCCGCAUGGCCGGCGUGGAGCAGGGUGAGCGGCGACGCCGGGCGGUUUACCCACGAGUCCCCUUCCCGUGCGGUGCCCACCAACAUCGCCAUCGCGUCCACCACCACCACAAUCAUCGCCCCACCAUCAUCGUCAUCGCCACCACAAUCGUCAUCCGCCACCACAAUCGUCGUCGACCGUCAAGGCUGCGGUCCUCGCCCGGACGAUCUCCGCGUCUCACCGCUGCUCACUCCACUCACUCCACUCCCCUCCCCCGCGGGCGACAGAGCCGGCGGGCGAGCGGGCGAGUGGGUCGCUCGCCGCCGCCCCUCGCCGCCGGGGGGAGCCAGGCCGGCCGAGCGUGGAUCUUCGUCCCCGGUUUUGUCGCCUGGACGGACGGAGCCGCUCACCCGGGGCGGAUGGGCGCUCCGCACCGUCCCGCCCUGCCGUCGCGGCCGGCAGACUCUUGCCAUCGGCCCGACGCCGGCGUGCUGACGACGAGACCCCACUCGGCCUGGGUUGGUCCGACCAGCAUCAGCUGCGAGCAGCCGAGCCCAGGAAACUAGAAAGCGCUCCCCGCUCGAUGGACGGAAAGGCACGUGGGAGGUGGGUCGUAAACAGCGACAGUGGCAGCAGCGUCAACAGGGUCAUCAGCAACAGCGUCAUCAGCAGCAGCUAGCUCUGUGUCUCCUCUGGUGCCGUGCCGUGGUUGCGUGUUCAGCGCAACCUCCAGCGUUUCGCCGCAGGGGCCGGGAGCUCCUGAAGAAGCUCCCGGGCACGCGAAGCGAAACGUCGGACAUGGCGCCGAAAAGGGCAGGCGGCGCCGGGACCCGACGGCAACGGCGCAACCACGGUUGUACCGUGGCACAACCGCGGCACAACCACGGCACAACCCCGCAUCUACUGUUGACUCUGACUGCUGUCACCAGGCACCUCAUCAAGCGCCAAGGGAUGACGACGAUGACGACGAUGGGUCAUGUUGAUCUUUAAACAGGGUUGGCACUUGUGGCUUUUCCGGUUGACCACAGCCGACGGCAAGUUACCGCGCGACCACGUUUGCGACCGCAUUAACACGUUACCACGCUGCCACGUGCACUCAUGUGUUAACACGUUACCGCACUCCCGCUCGCGCUCGCGCGUGAACACACGACCGUGCUACCACGUGUGCGAGCACGUGACCACGCUACCACGUGCGUCAACACGUGACCGCGCUCCCGUGUGUUCCCGCGCUGUUGCCGCUGCUCGACGUUUUGCCGCGCGCGCCGGGACCUCCUCCAGGAGCUCGCGAAGAGCCGCGUCGAUUCGGAUCGUGCGGCCAGCGCUUGAUUUCAGCCGGAACCCGGCACAUCGCAUCGAGUAUACCCCUCGCUGCCGGCCGUGGCUGCCGGGCGCACGCACGCACGUGCCAGCCGGCGACCCGGAAAUUUACCCAGUGACCAAAUUGAGCCCUUGGGCUGCACGAAACUGCAACUGAAUCUCCGUCCGACCACCAGGUUGGACGCGUCUGUGGCGAACGGCCGCUCGCCACUCACAGUGGAGGAUGGACUGCCCCCCCCCCUGCCCCCUCCCCACUCCCCCCCUGCCCCCUCCCCGCCCCCCCUGCCCUGUCGGGUGGCGAUCUCCGAGCGACUUGUUCCAUCGUCACGGCGACCUGCAGAGGAGGUCGCCACAGAGCCACGUGCAGGUUCCGUUGAACGUCGAGUGUCCGUUCGUUUUUGACCGUUCAUUGAAAAGGAAGCAAAGUGACCAAUGAGCCGAAGCGUGCGAGGUGUGUGGGUGUGUGUGGUGAGUGGGUGGUGAGGGGCUGGUGUGGUGGGUGGUGAGUUGGUGGUGAGGGGCUGGUGGUGUGGUGGUGGGUGGUGUAAAUAGCGGUGGUGGCACCGUGAGACUUGGACGUAGACGAAAACGGCGACAAUUCCCCUUCACAAAUCUCGCUCCCCACAUUACAACAAAAAAGAAACCGAACUAUAUUUUUGUACACAUCCGAUCCGGCUACACACUGCCUUCUGGGAGUGCAAUCCAAUCGGCAGCGUUGGUUCAACACGAGCGCAACGCUGGACCGAUUUCGACACCCGGCUUCUCGUCAACAGAGAGCCAGGCUCUUUGCUCGAACCAAUGCUGGCGGACUUCCGGCCAUUUUUAGCGAACCGGGCCGGUCAAUCCGAGCCUUGCCCUGACCUCUGACCCCCCCAGCGCUGACGACUUGACGAUUCCACUGUUGGCCGGCCGGGUCGCGUUCCGUGCUCCGCUGUGCCCCAUGUGGACCCCCCCCCCCCCCCCCCCCGGGUCCCGCUGCCAAGCCUCGGCCGAGCAUUGCUGAUACGGGGCGUCUGGAACUGCCCCGGGCCCCCCACCGACCCCCUCCCCUCUCCCGCGUAGGUUGACUCCGUUGUAAACGAGCAACUUGGUGUCACGUUGCGUUCAAAUUGACGUGGGUGGGAAGGUGGUCAUGGGUACAGCUCCACCAUCAUCCCCGUUGCGUGCCCUGUCCCCCGGCCUUACUAGGUGCUCGCUAACUGCACUCGCCCCUGCGGGUCUGCGAGGCUAAAAGGGGUGAGGGGAGGGGGGUGGUGGUGGAGGAGGAGACCGUGGCCCCAGCUUACGUGUGGGACAGCCACAGCGACGGGCCGACUCGAGUUGUUGUUGACGAGUUCCGCGUUGUCCUGAUUUCUUGAAGAACUUCCAAGCCGACUGCAAAAUAAAAGUUCAUUUGGACGAUUUGCGGAGUUGCCCGCGUACACACCCCCCCCCCACCCCCGGGGGGAAGAGGGGUGGGGGGGGGCAGCCCCCCCCCCAACAGGAGCCACCUGCCCCCCCAGUCCCCGUGAUCUCUCGCAGUUGAUUCCAAAUCAGAGGUCGCAACCGGGUACCCGAUACCCAGCGACCCGUACCCGCGGGUACGGGUACCCGUUUGCGACCCUGGUGCGGCCGGGUACGGGUAAGGAAUCAAAACCCGUUUGCGACCUCUGUUCCAAAUCGACCCCCGAAACGAGACGGAUCGCGCGGGGGCUGCCCCGGUUUAGAACAGAACCCGCGGAUUGUCAUCGUCAUUCACCCAGCACAGCCUCGCCGGGCCCCGUGUCUCUUUCAGAAGGCCCCCGGUGCCCCCCCCCCCCCCCCCAACGUUAAUAGCAAACGCCAGGACGGCCGCUGGAUUCGAACCGCGAACCUCUUCUGCUCUGGGCGGGGCCCCCGUUCGAUCAACCGUGACACGCCGCAAGUCCACGGCCCACGUGGGCGGGGGGGGGGGGUUCUCAGGCUGCCCUGGCUCACACGGGGAGCUCUGUUUGUGUCUUUAUCGUGUACGUGUCGGUGCGGGGGGGGGGUUACCGUGUGUGUUUUCUGGAGAGUGAAGUCAUUCGUUUUUAGCGUCCCUCUCGCAUCAUCCGCGUUCCCCGAGAUGUUCCGGCUCCGCUUUAUCCGAGAAGGCGCCCGCCGUUCGCCGUGGCGGCAAGUGACCUCGCCAGGCACGCGGCUCGCUCCCACUGUGAACACAUCGCUGGAGACGCCGUGGCCUUGACAGAAGUAUGUGAUGUGCGCGACGUUUUAGGCAAUGCCCCUUCUUCAUGGCGCGUAAAGAGAGAGGCCGGGAGGGAGACGGUGUGGAUGAUUACAUUGGCAGGCUGCGCUUGUUGUACCACGUGGGGCCCCGCUGAGAAUCGCACGCCGAUGACCAGCUGUGAAAUUGAAGUUGUGAAUAAUUAUCAGCCGGCACUCGUGGUGGCGAGGGAAAAACAGACAACGCUCUUUCGGCGAUCGGCAAAAGUAUGUCGAUCAAGUAAACGUGUUUACAUUCGACGAACAAUUAUAAUAAUAAAAAACGUUAUCGCAUCCUGGGUUAAACCACGUUAACGAAAUCAAUCGUAAUACACUUGGGGAGGCGUUUGCCGGUCCCGGGGGGUUCGGAUUCGUGACCCUCGGGGGCGCGUGGCGGCGGCGGCGUGGCACCAGUGCCAAUCCACUGCUGGAUGAGGAUCUCCCGUGCCGACGCCGUCCCUUGGCGUCUUGGAAUCAAUUAAAACGGAGAUCCAAAAAAAAACACGAUGCCUCACCCCCACGCCCCCCCCCCCCCCCCCCUGUUCCGAGCGGUUGCUGCGAUGGCAAUGUCCACAGUUGUCCGUGUUGGCAUCUGUCGCUCGUGUAUGUAGAGCGUCUUUCGCACCGUACGUAGGCAAACCUGUGCUAAUCGGAGGUGCCGGGUUAAGGACAACAAACUAAAAAAAUCCGGUGGCGUUUGGCGACCAGGCGUCGAUGGGAGCGAUGGUGUGCCGGUGCGAGCGCGGCCUGCGAUGGUCACGGCAUUACCACGCGGGCAGAUUCCACCCGUUCCUCACCCCUCUGUUCUCUCAGCAUGAACGUGCAAGAAGUUACACGUCCCACGCGGCCGUCUGUCUGGUGGGAGUGGCUGCAUUUCGGUAGCAGUGCUUCAGAAGGCUGAUGGGGGCAUGUGUAAAUAUUGUAUAUUUUACGUGGAAGGACGGAUGGGGGGGAGGGGGUGCGGGAUAAUUGCCUGAAGUCAGUUUCAUUACUUCCUUGCUCAUCUUCACGACGACGUUCACGACUGCUUGUACAUGAUGUUACGAACGCGACUUUAACAGACAGCGUAGACACAACGAAGUGGCGUUCGCGUAAAUGACGACGUCGAUGAUGCUGCGACAUCAUCCUAGCGAGCCGAGGAAUGCGCGGGUUGACACGCGGUGCCGAUCCGCGGAUCAGAUGUUCCAAUCCGUGGGCUUUGGUCAGAAAUCCCAAUGAAAUAUUCCUAGGGGGGGGCACGGUAGCAGCAGAACUCGAACCUCUAGAAAAUCCUUUGGGUAAGGCACGGUGGGAGGGGUAAUGGGUGGGUGG